AGUUCGGGCCGAUAUCGGAAUGUUACACCAAAUUACCCUAGCCGGUUUUAUUCCCAACCCAUUUGGUGAGGCAGGACAAUUGCAUUUGGGGGAUUUUACAAACUUAAGCAUUUAAGUUCGAGAAUUUAAUACGAACAACUCUAUAAAUUUACCUAUAAAUAUAAAAUAAAAUCAAUACUCCGUAUUCAAUAUCCCCAUUUCACCAUUUACCAAACAAAAAUCAAAUUCCUUUUACAAAAGAGAAAAUCAUUGUUGGAAAAAUUAAAAAACGUCACAGCAUUACGCAAUCUGUUCUUAAUUUUUUGACUGUAAUUUUCUAAAAAUUUACUGCAAAUCAGUGGAAAAAAAAGAAGGCAACUUUUCCAGAAUGAGUCAGUUGAUGAAUACACCAGCUUUACCAGCAGAGGGACCAAUAAAGAGGAAGCGUGGGCGCCCACGGAAAGACGAGAGAACUCCAGUUUCCGGCCUACAAGGGGAGGGAUCUGGUGUACUCAAACCCACAGAAAACACUCCAUCAAAAAAAGGCAAAGAGAGCAUCGAAGAUGUCGAUGUUGAUGAUGAUGAUGAUGAAGAUGACAACAACAAUGAUGAGAUGAUAGGGCAAGUGGUUACAGGAAUUCUAGAGUAUGCCUUUGAUGCAGGGUAUUUCCUAACUGUUAGGGUUGGGGACAGUAACAUGUGUUUAAGAGGCAUUGUGUUUAAAGAAGGUUGUGUUGUUCCCGUUACCCCGGAAAAUGAUAUUGCUCCUAAUGCUAAGAUGUAUAAGAGGAAAGAAUUCCCUGUCAAAACUGGUCGUGAUUCUUUGAUUCCGACUCAAAACAAUGGAAAUCAACAACGAAAGCUUCCUGCAGAAACUACUGUCAUUCAGAAAGAAGAUGAGAAUUUACUCCGAGAAGGGAAAUCAGAUGAUAAGGAAGAACAGUCACAGAGAUUAUCAGAUCAUAAGGAACAACAAGAGAGAUCGUCAGAUGAUAAGGAACAGAAGUUAUCAGAUGAUAAGGAGCAAGAGAAGUUAUCGGAUUGUAAGGAACAGCAGGAGAAGUUAUCAGACGAUAAGGACCAGGAGAAGUUGUCUGAUGAUAAGGAGCAGCAAGAGAAGUUGUCUGACGAUAAGGAGCAGCACGAGAAAUUGUCUGACGAUAAGGAGCAGCAUGAGAAGUUGUCUGACGAUAAGGAGCAGCCGGAGAAGUUGUCUGAUGAUAAGGAGCAGCCGGAGAAGUUGUCUGAUGAUAAGGAGCAGCAAGACUUGUCAGAGCCUCCAAUGAAGCUGCAGAAAACAGAUCAAAUGACCUCAACUCACUCAAAUGUGGAGGAAAUUGUGACUUUUGAAGAUGCUGUCAAGUCUACUGAAGCAGAAAAUAAUACUGUUUCGCACAAGGAAACACCGAUUAAUCAACCUGAAGCUGCGUUUUCUGUAAAAGACUCAUCAUCAGUAGAUGUUCAGACAGUCAUGGAGCAGGAAAUUUGUAGGAGUUCGGAGUUUCAGAUUAGCAUGGACGAUGAAGAUGAAUUGUCUGAACCGCCUAGUGAUGCAAGUCCAAUGGCAAUUGAUCAAAUAGGGGGAGAAGAAUGAUUAGGUGAGGUGAAGAAAUGGAUUUAAUUGCUCUGCAAUUUUUUUGUUAACAAUUUUUUGGUCAUUGCAGAUUAGCACAUGUCAAACAACAUAGACUUAGACUUCAUCCUGAGUAUUGCAUGGGAUGAUCCUAUUUUUUUUUAGAUUUUUCUUGAAUUUUUUUGUUGUCGCAACAGGCGAACUUGUAGUAACUGAAGUUUUCAUGGUUUAGUUUUGUUAAAUUUUUUUGGAAGUUUAUUUUAGUAGUAUGUCAUUUGGUAAAUGGUUGUUAUAUCUGAUGCAUUAAUCUUUCUUGGA